UUCGCAGGGAUGGAGGGAGGGCGGGGCCAGAGCAUCGGUGACGACAGCUGAUUUUUUUUAAAAAAUAUUGUAUCAUGUUUAUAAAACGGAUCCUCGAGCACAGGAGUGCACUUAUGCCGGACUGGUGAUGUGACUGAAGCCCGAGGAGAGUUGUCAAAAACUGGAUGCUGCUCCUCUAGUUUGCAGGUGGAUUUGCAGCAGUGAAGAUGGGAGGUGGAGGUCAGCAGACGGAGCCGGUCAGCGGCAAAGGGACAGGUUUUUUCACCUGGGAGGAGGUGCAGAAGCACAGCAACAGGAAUGAUCAGUGGCUGGUGGUCAAACGAAAGGUUUACAACGUCACAAAUUGGGCCAAAAGGCAUCCAGGGGGGUUUCGAGUCAUCAACCACUAUGCUGGAGAGGAUGCCACGGAGGUGUUUGCUGCCUUUCAUCCAGAUCAGGACUUUGUACAAAAGUUUCUAAAGCCUCUGCACAUUGGAGAGUUGGCAGCAACAGAGCCCAGCCAGGACAGAGAAAAGAAUGAUUCCAUAAUAAAAGAUUUCGAUUCCCUUCGAGUCCAGGCAGAAAAAGAUGGUUUGUUUAAGGCUAAGCCUUUGUUUUUCCUCCUCCAUCUGGGUCACAUCAUACUGCUGGAGGCACUCGCAUGGCUCUCUGUUCUUUACUGGGGGACCAGCUGGACAAUGACUUUCCUGUGUGCGACACUGCUGGCAAUUGCUCAGGCACAGGCAGGGUGGUUGCAGCAUGACUUUGGGCACCUAUCUGUCUUUAAGAAGUCUAAAUGGAAUCACAUUGUACACAAAUUUGUCAUUGGACAGUUAAAGGGAGCUUCGGCCAAUUGGUGGAAUCACAGACAUUUCCAGCACCAUGCCAAACCCAAUAUCUUCAGGAAGGACCCUGAUAUUAACGUGAUGGACGUCUUCGUACUUGGAAACACUCAACCAGUAGAGUACGGAAUAAAAAAGAUCAAGAAAAUGCCCUACAAUCGCCAACAUCAGUAUUUCUUCCUUGUGGGUCCACCUCUACUCAUCCCAAUAUUCUACAAUUUCAAUAUAUUUUACACCAUGAUUACCCGCCGUGACUGGGUGGACCUGUCCUGGGCCAUGACAUAUUACUUCCGCUACUAUUUCUGCUUCGUACCUCUUUAUGGCUUCUGGGGCUCUUUUGCACUCCAGAUGUUUGCCAGAUUUUUAGAGAGUCACUGGUUUGUGUGGGUAACUCAAAUGAGCCAUAUACCUAUGGAGAUGGAGUACGAGAAGCGACAAGACUGGAUGACCUCACAGCUGACGUCCACUUGUAAUAUUGAACAGUCCUUCUUCAAUGACUGGUUCUCUGGACACCUCAACUUCCAAAUUGAACACCACUUGUUCCCCAGGAUGCCGCGGCAUAACUACCACUUGGUGGCGCCACAGGUCCGUGAACUGUGUGAGAAACAUGGAAUUCCUUAUGAAAUGAAAUCCUUGUGGAACGGCAUGGUGGAUGUUGUCAGGUCUCUGAAAAAGUCAGGGGAUCUGUGGCUCGAUGCAUACCUUCAUAAAUGACAAAAUGGACCUGGAAGGAGAGAUCUUUGUUAUGUUGCAUAAAAUCAGAUAGCACAAUUUAGCCUUCAAGAAUUCCUGUGUUCCUACUGGAAUAAUCUUUCCUUUUUGCAUGUGCUAAAAUGAAAGGACUUUCUGCUGGUGCAUAGGUGUUCAUUUAAUGUAAUUGUUAGAGUUGUUUUUGUCAUUUUUUUCUAAAUUUGUGAAAAGAGAGGGGAUGAUUUCAAGCAAUUUUUACCUUGAAACAAUUACAGCUAUAAGAUAGGAGCAUAAUUAGACUCCUGACUCACAAAGCUUAGGAUUUUUGACUUUCAGAGGAAAUUUGAGGAUUUAACUAAAUUUUGUUUGACCAUUUUGAGUUCAUGGCUUUAGCUUAACUUCCUUAAUGGUGGGAGAUCAUGUUAGCAGACAGAUUUGCUGGUGAACAGCACAAAAUACGACUGGCUCUCUGAAAAUUGAUGCUCAAACAUGACAAGUUAAUGAGUUUUUAAUGUUUUAUCUGUCACUGCUGUAAGUUCAUAGAUACUGCUAUAACUUUAUUUUAAUUGAAUGUACUACUUAACAAUAUAAUAUGAUUGAAUGGACUCACAUUGGUCCAAAAUUUCACCUGAAAGUCUUAAAUCUCCUAGCUUUCUUUGAGUAGUGUAUACUUGCACGAAAAUAAACUGUGUAGAUUUUUAAUAUUUUUAAUUUUUUACUUUGUGAAAUUGUCAGAAAAACUCGUUUAUUUCCUUUAAUACACAUAGAAAAACACUGUGUUGCCUACUCUGGUACUUUCAUAAUACUGUCAUGACAAAAACAAAUAAAGAAAUAAUAAACCAA